AUGGGGUCCUGCUUCAGACUGAUUCUCUUAAGUGAUGUCUCGGUGUUGCCCAAAUGGGGUGGCACAGCCAGGUUUGCACCCUUGUGCAGGGACAGCUCCUGGUUGAUGUCUGCAGUGUCAGGUCCUGGCACGUCACCCUUCGCUCACUCCAUGCUGGCCUUCAAAAGCUCGUUGGAAGCUUUGGGUGCAGAAUCAGCGAACUCAUUAAAAUUCAGCUUUAUUCUACUUCUAUUGAUUUCUACAAUGCAUAUGUUCUGGUGUUAUUCUGUUACACCUUCUAAGGUGUCUGGAAAAUCUGAUUACUUUCUCAUCCUGUUGAACAGCUGCCCAACCAGGAUGGACAGGAGCGAGGGACUAGAUUUUCUAAAGCCCAUUUUCGAGAAGACGUUUAUGAAAAGGUCCUUUCGCAAUGGAGUUGGCACAGGGAUGAAAAAAACUUCCUUUCAAAGAGCAAAAUCAUGA